CAUAUCUAGUCCGUCUCCUGUUUUAGUAUUACAAUUUCAUUGACCAAUCAGAGCUUGUGCGCCAUCUCUCAAAUCACCCAAAACAAGAAAACAAAAACAAUGUUGCCUUGUUGAAAAAGACAACUGAAGAAUAAUGUCUGCAGUAUCGAGUAAAAAAGAUGCAUAUUUACAGAAGUUUCAAAAGUAUAAAGAUGAGAAAGAAAAACAGAAGAAAGAUCAAAGAUCACAAUUUUCAAGUAAAGUAGAUACUUUUAAGCCACAAAACCCUAGUCAAAAGUCAUGGAGUUCAAAGAAAAAAAGUUUCACAGGAGUAAAACCAACUGAGCAUCAAUAUACAGUCAGUCAUCAUUGUAAAGAAAAUAAAAAACCUUUUAUAGAAUUAGUGACAAACACACAGACACACAAACCACAUGGAUCUAAGCCUGUUCAAGAAAAGCAGAUUUCUAAGCCUGUCCAAGUAAAACAGAUAUCAAAAUCUUCUCCAGUAAUACAGGUAUCUAAGACUGUUCCAGUAAACAGAAAGACUGCAGGCUCAGUGACAGAAGCUAGAAAGGUACAGACCUCAACAUUUAAUGUAAGGAAAUCAUUGGGACAUGUUAAAAAAGUGCCAAAGACUGCAGGAAAACCCAGGAAAUCCCUUCCGGACACAUGUUCAGGAAACCCCAGGAAAUCUCUCCAAGGCACAUCAAAUAAUAAAUUUCACGUUACUCUUACCAAAUCAAUAGAAGUUGAUAAUUCAAAACUAAAUCAAAAUGGAAACUCACGAAAAAGUUUAUCAAGUAAUGGCAAUGUGCGAAGAAGUGUAUCUAAUAAUGAGAACUCACGAAAAAGUGUAUCAAAUAAAGAUGUGAAUUCACGACAAAGUUUCUCUGUAAAAUCAAGACGUAGCAUUUCUUCAGUAAAUGUGAAUUCACAUCGUAGAACUUCUGGUGUAAAUAACAACAAAGUGAAAUCAAGUGUUCCUAAAAGUAAAUUGAUUGUGGGUCAGAGGUCAAGAAGGCAUUCAGAUAUUCAUAAAGAACAGAAAAAAACCAAACCAGCAAGUAUUCUGAAGAGAAAGUCAUGUUUUGCUAGUAUAGAUAUAGAAGGAGUCUACACGGUUAGUAAAACUCCUGAUCAUGGUAGAAGUGUGAGAUUUAUCAGUCCAGAUACACAGGUGGACCACAAUAUAAGUACUUUUAGAAAGACACCAAAGAGACCCGUAGAUAAUGUGAUUAGUGACAGACAACCAACACCUAAACACUCACCCAAGAAACCUCGUCAUAAUGAAGAACAAGUUGUCAUGAGAAACAAACUUGAUGAAUGGUUGAAGUCUAAAGGAAAAACCCCUUCCAAGUUCCGACACCUGAUGUGUUUCCAUGACGACAACAAUAAAUCAGAUUCUGUUACUGAUUCCUGUAUAAAAAGGAGUCUAACUGUUGAGGAGCUUACAGAACAGAAAGCGACAAUUGAUCGUGAAGAUAAUAUAGCAGUUAACUUAGCGGACCAGUUUAGGGAUGCUGCAUUAGAAGAAUUAGAUUCCAUGUUAGAGGAAUGUACAACAUUGUUUGAGGCUGGUUGUCCAAGAGAAGACAUCCUAAGUUGGCUGGACUCUAUAAAACAGAACGUACAGUUAUCAAAGACGUAUGCCAAGUUUUAUAUCUGUAAAGCCAAUGUCUUGAAAGGAAGAGAGAACUUGGAGGAAGUAUUGAAAGUGUAUGAAGAAGCUGUGGUCAAUUCAGCUCAGCCAGCACAUGAAUUAGCCACAGCUUUGACCAGCAUAGUUAAAGACAUUUGUCAGAAGAGAGAGAAGAAAGCAAGACGAAGAAGUACAGCAGAUGUUCAGGAAGAGAAUAUCUUUGAAUCCAGUGCUAUUAAAUAUACUGUCAGACAAAUGACUCCUCUGUCUAAAAAGAGAAGGAAGUCUGCCAGUGAUGUCAAGAGAACCUCACCCUGUGUGGUCAUCACCCCAGUCAGACGGUCAACACGACGGAGUAUCUCAUGUCUACCCAGUAAUCUCCAGGAUAAGAACCAGACGUACAAGUCCCUAGAGGAUGUGUCAGAUAAAAAGAAAACUCUCUUCUUCCCUAAUGAGGCAUUAAAUUAUGAAGACUUGGAUGAAUGAUAAAACAUUGCAAUUGAUUCUGUACUCUAUCAAAAUGUGUCAAAAAAGUAAAGCCUAUAUGUGCUCUUUUGUCAAAAACAAAAUAUAUGAAGCAUUGUUUAUAGCCAGAAAGUUUUUUGAAUUUAAAUAAUGUUCAAUAUAUAAUUUCCUUUGGGUUAGUUUUUUACAUAGCUAUUUUGUAAUUUCAAAUUUUGUUCAUGAUUGUUGAAAAAUGGCAAAAAUCUUUAUUAUAAUUUCAGGAAAUGCAACAUACAAAUAGCACUGUUAAUUUUUAAAUGCAAGAUUUAAUUUUUCCAAAUCCAAUAUGGUUUUAAUUUUUUCAAUAAUGAAAAAAUCUUCCAAAUAACUGAAUUUACAGUAUAUAAUCUUUUACAAUGGUUUGAUGAAAAGUAAUGUUAACAUGAUAUGUAGGACAGGAACAAUAUUAUUUGGUUCUGCUUUUACAAUGUUUUACUACACAGUUCUUAGGUGAAACAAUCGUAGAACAUUUAAAUCUAAAUAUCUUUUCAUAUAGUAAAGUCAAAAAUGUGUAAGCUUUAAAAUUACAUUCAUCUUAGACAACAUUAAUUUAUUUCAACUGAAAUAAUUGUAGAAACAUUGCAAAAAAAAGAAACAGUAAUCAAACUGACAAUUUAGGAAAAUUUUAUAGACUGGCAUGAAUUAAGACAAUACAUUUAUGAACAAUUUUAUAUACAUUUUCAUAUGAAAACAAAUAAUUUGACUAACGAUAAAUGGGUUUCAGCAUUAGUUGCAGGUUUCCUGCUUUAAAGGGGCACUAGCUGUCAAAUUCAUGGUCACCAAUUUGACUCAAAUUAUCAUAUUUGAUUUAUGACAAUGUAAAACAUUUAUCCACACUAUCAAAAGUCUAAAAUAAACAGUUUACAGAUCAUGAGGUAGAUAAAAUAUAGGUUCGUUUCAUGUGUAUUUUAGACCGGACGCCAACUAAUUAACUAUCAAUUUGACCUCAGAUGACCAUAAAAGCGAUGUAAACAUAAAUAAAGAUAUGAAUAGAUUAAACCAACACGUGCAAUUGGAUUUUUAUAGGUCUGUUUGAUUUGAUUUUAUGGAUUAAAAAUAUAUGUUUCUCAUUGCUUUGAACCGUAUAAGAAUGAUUUUAUGUGCAUCCAAUUAGAAAUCAAAUGAUUUACCGUAGUUUCACUUUCAUUGUUGACAUUCUUUUUCUUUAAAUAACCAGUACACAUACAAUGCAUAUGUUGUCAAUCUCUAGCUAGGGGUUAAAUUGAAGUUCACAUGAAUUCCGAUUUAAAGAGGUCGACUCAUUCACUUGCAAGUGAAAACCUAAUUAUCAAUGUUUCUUACCAUAAUUUGACAAGAUUGAACUUUUUUGGCUGCAAAAAGCGAAUUGUUAUUUCACUAUUUCACUUCAAUUAUUGAUUGAAAAAAAAAAUCUUACUUUAGAUUUUUUUAUAUAUCUCGUAGCUAGUGCCCCUUUAAGAAAAGCCUCAUUCUGAAUUCUUUAGUGUAUAAAUAUUAUUGGUGUGAUAUCAAGUAAAACAUUAAAUAUGGGCAUUACAUAUAUAAUUACUGUAAAAAUAUUUAUAUCUAUAUAAGCUUUGCCUGUUUAAAAAAAAUAAUUUGAAGAAAGAGAAAUGCUUAUGUACUUGUAACUGCAAUUGUCUUAACAAUACAAAAUGAAUUAAAAAACUUUGUUUUAUUGUAUACUUAAUUAUUUAUGAAGUGUAAUUUUGAAGCAAGUUUUUAGAUAAAUGUCAUAUGAAUGUUUGUUUUUAAUCCUGUUGACUUCAGUUUUUAAUACAUAUUUAUUUUUUAUUUUAAUGAAUAAAAUGAAUUUUUAUUGAAUCAAUAUGGCAAUAAUGCCUCAAAGUUGUAACUCAUGUUUUUAUUGAAAUAAUUUACAAAUUUGUUGACAGUAAACAAUAUAUUGAUUUUUAUUUCAUCAUAUAUUCCAAAGAUCAUAAUGUUUUUUCUCAUAACAAUAUUCAGAUUUAGAAUUUAAUGAUAUUUGAAGUAUAAAGCAUUUUCUUUUUGAAAAUAUUCUAUACUUGAAAGAUUUAAAUAACUAAAUGCAAAAAGUAAAUUGUAAACUGGAUAUUCAAUUUAUUUUUAUGUAAUCAACAAACUGGUGGAAAAAUUUAAGAAUAAAAACAUCAUUUUAUUGCUAUAGGUAUAGAAAAAACAUUGUAAAGUUAGUAGGAACAAUUUUGUUUGUCUAACUGUUAUGAAAUAAGUGUUGAGAUAUGUCAAUGUUAAUUACGAAUAGCCUACAGAAAAUGAAGAUUAGGAUAUAAAUGACAAACAAAAUAAUACAUGGAGAAAAAACCAACCUGUCUUUUGUAUUUGAAAAACAUCUAUAUG